AGUGAUCUAUCACCGUUAUGUACUGUCUGUUUUGCACCCUCACCCCGACGUCCACGCACCUCGCAGUCAUGAUAUAAUCUUCACGCUCCAAACGUAUGCUUUCAACCAUUGUCUUCGGUUUGACCGUCCUGGGAUUCGGGGCAUGGGUCGCGGUAAACCACCGGCACCAUACGACCUAUUACCGCCCGGCGUUGUACAUCGCAGACAAGGGAGCGGUCAUAGAAGUGAAGGACGCGGGCGGAAGGACCAAGACGAGACAGAAGACGUUACGCGAUUUAAUAGAACAGAGAUGUCCGAGUUCCUCAGAGACUUCAGGCCGCGGCCAUCUACAGACCGCAUACUCCGUGGUUGAGUACGACAGGACUCUUCUACGCACUCGGGACGGCGGAACUCUACUUUACACCGCUGAGAGCACACGGAAGCUCCCAGAAAAACCCGUCCUGUUCAGGUCUCAUGAAGCCUAUGCCGUAGAUGACGGAGGACUGGGAUACCGUGCGAUCGUGGUGAACUUCCGAGGAUGCGCGGGCGUCCCGGUAACAAGCCCCCAACUGUAUUCUGCGGGGCAUACAGAGGACAUCCGUGCGGCGAUGUUCUACAUUCGAAGACGCUAUCCGAAGGCACCUCUCCUUGGCCUAGGAUUUUCGCUAGGAGCGAACGUGCUGACUAGAUACGUCGCGGAAGAAGGCGACGACUGCAGGCUUGCUGCUGCGUGCGUUAUAGCUUGCCCAUGGGACUUGGUAACGAACAGCGAAGCUUUGGAAGGCACUGCCGUCGUCAAACGUCACGCCGCUGCUCUGAGCACGCCUCCCUCACACCCCGUCGCCCAGGCGGUCGCCCCGACGCUCGCACUGCAGUCGCCCACACUCGAGACUUUCGACGAGACGUUCAACCGCAUCGCUGGCGGGUCCUCACCUCCCUUCCCCUUCCCAAGCGCGCGCGCGUACUACACCUGGGCCUCGUCGCACACGACGCUCCGCGCGGGGCGGACACCUCGGUGGUUCGAGAGCGGUGCGGAUGGGGCGAUCAGGAGGUGGUUCACCCGGCCUGUGCUGGAGUGGCUUGAGGCGGUCGGGCGGGACAUGGUCGUGCGGGCGCGGCCCGGUAAGCCGCUGAGAGAGGUGGAUGGAUUCUUGAUGGAGGUGGGGCGAGACGAUGUCGGCUGCAAGAGGCUGAA